AUGGUCGACAUUGAAAAUAUGGUAGAGCCUCUUGAUAUCGCAGAAAUUGAUUUUCAGGCUCUUUCGGCUAGCAGUCCACAGCAACGUCUAGCCGCCCUUCAACAGCUCGACGAUGCGUUCAAAUCAUAUGGGAUCAUUUAUCUUUCGAAUCAUAGUAUCGGUCAGGCCAUGAUAGACGAGGCGAUUUCAUGGGCUUUCACUUACUCUCCCAAGUCUAGGCGAUUUUUCGACUUGCCUUCUGAUAUAAAGAAGAUGAUCGAGCAUCCAAGAAAGGCAGGUGAUCAUCGAGGCUGGAUACGUGCUGGGAUUGGCUAUGUUACACAGGGAAUUCUGUGUCGGGACCCAGCAGAAGUUGAAAGUAUGCAUGAAAAGGCCUCUGUCGAGCAGAUGGAGAGUCUGGAAACAGGAAAGUCACAUCUUGCAUUGCAUACUCACGCACGGAAUCGCUUGCUACCCGAAGAAACUCUCCCGGGAUUCCAGUCGUUUUACGCAAAGUGGUGGGCUGCGUGCGUUAAUCAAGAACUCCAAAUACUGCGAGCUCUCUGUGAGAUUCUCGAUAUUUCCGACCUUGAUUAUCUUGGCAAGCAACAGACUCCGGAUAUAAACUGCAGCCAGUUUGGGUGGAACCACUACCCUUCCACACCAAUAUCAUCCCUCAAGCCAGGAGGCAAUCGAUUGAAUACCCAUAGCGACUACGGACAAUUGACGUUCCUAUUCCAGGACGAUGUCGGUGGACUUGAGAGUCAAGAUGAAGCAGGAAUCUUCAGACCCGUCCAACCGAGACGAGGCACGAUGAUUGUACAAGUUGCAGAUAUGUUAGAAAGACAGUCUAAUGGGAGGUGGAGAAGUGCGUUACAUCGUGUUACUACCCCACCCCGGGUCGGAUACGAUUCUGCAGUGGAUGAAAAUGAAGAACUUGUUGAUCGAUAUUCAAUUGCUUUCUUCGCUAUUCCUGACUAUGAUACAGUCAUCGAAUCCCUUCCGGGAUGUGAAAUGAAAGGCAAAUGGCAUUCAUUGCCGUGGAAGGAAGAGACAACUGCGGGUGCUUGGUUGAUGAAGAGAGUUGCCCUUGAGUAUGAAAGAAAAUAG